CCGGGCGGCUCCCCUGAGACAAUGGCGGCGCAAACUCAAACGGGGUCGUGGUGAGAACCGACUCGUCAGGUCACUUGGGAGCUGUGGGGGAUGGACACCUACACCCUGCCCCAGCAUGACGGCCCCAGACAUCUCCGUGGCUCCAGGCGUCCUGGCGGCGCUGAUCAUCGCCUGCACCUGUCUGUGGGGACGUCGUUGUCACGGGAAGUGGGAUUGAGCAAGAGCGUCUCAAUGUGCUCUCUUGACGAAGCCAGCGCCGGGCUGGACGGGCCCGGCCUGGAGCCCGAGGAGAUCCUGCAGCUGACUCACGAGGCGAGGCAGCUCUCUGACACGCUGGCACGCCUGCGCCAAGCUGCCCUCUGCCCUGGUGUUGGCCCAGGUCUUGAUGGUGGUGGGAGAGUUUACAGACAGCUGGGCGAUGUACUGUCUGUGCUCAAGCCGGUGCUCAAGAGAUACCCUGCCCUGCAUUCGGUGGGGCUGCUCACAGCCAUUGGCAGCCUCAUCGCCACAGUGAAAGGGCACUGCCCAAAUGAGCAAGACGGUCGUUCCAACAGAUUGCUUGAGCAGGCGAUAGAUGGACUGGCUAUGGCCUUCAGCAGUGUUAUGUCUGAGUUCCUGAUGGGAGAGGUCGACACGAGAACUCUACAUUCUGCUCGUAAAGUCCGCAGCUUGUCUGUAGACAACUUGCUGUUUGAUGGAGUUUCUUCAGAGAACCGGACCUCCUCUGUUCAAAGUUUCUACAAAGCUGAAGCUGAGCAGAGUCAAGACCGGGAGCUGCUUGAUGGCACCGUGGAGGCCAGCCUGUCGUACCUGAAGGCCUGGUCUGAGUAUAGCAAGGGACUUCUCGCCUACAUGGAACGCCGACUCAACCUCGAAGUGGAACAUGCAAAUACCUUGUUAAUGGUGAACCAGACAUUGAGUCCAGUAUUCAUGAACAAGCAGUGGAUGCCAGUGGUGCCCGUACUCGCAGAGGUGUUGAAGAAGGAGAAUGAAGCUGCGGAGAAUACAACUCGAAACACUGGGAAACCCUUCACAUCCACAUUGCUGCAGCCUCUGGCUGCCCAGCGGGCUACACUGAAGACGAAGAGAAAUGAGAUGAAUGAGCAGUGGCACAGAGGCUUGGAUCAAUACCGAAAUGCCGAGAAUUGCCUGCGUAUAGCUGAGCUGCAGCGUGCGCAGAGGGAGGAGGAUCUGGCGCUGGUCUCUACAGGGAACCCGGGAAACAGUCUCAAGACCACAGACAAGAGACAGCAAGUGCACGAGGAGGCCCAGCGUAAGCUGUUGGAGGCGGAGGUGCUGUGCCGUACUAAUGCGGCUGAAGCCUGGCAUCAGCGUGAUAAUCUGGUGACUCUCAAAGGGCGGCUCCUGGCUGUACUCAACCAGCUCUUGCAGAAGGCCGAUGCUGCUCUGCAAGAGGUGGUGGCGAGGUAUCUGGAGGUGGUGUACAGCAGGGACCCUCUGCUGCCAGCCUCUGCGUGUGGAGAGACGCGCGCGUAUCGCCCUGGUCACAUGUACGUCGUCUACAUGCAGAGUGUGCAUGGCGCCCUUGGACACGCGCCCAGAAAAACGUUGGGCCACAGCAAGAGUGAAGAGUUGUCGAUUGGCAGCCAGUGGAAUGUCCCAAUGGGGGUUCUGCAAUCUCCGUCCCUGACGGAGGAGCUGCCCAGCCUUCAGCUCUCACCCGGGGACAGCAGCAGCACUGGGCUCGCUGACUUGAUUGGUCCCCAGAAGUGCUGGAGCCUCAGUCAAAUCCGUUCCUCAAGCAGUGACUCGGAGAGUGCCGACGCUGUGAGCAGCUCCCUCGACUCACCCUGCACCAGUUCAGGGGACUUUAAACGCAAGUUGUCACGAACACCGUCAACGGGCACCAUGUCCUCUCUGGACGACUUGGAGGAUAAGGACCUCAGUUCCUAUGACAAAGAUUUGAAUCCCCUUUCAACCAGCAUGCCUGCAGUUGUUUCCGGACCUUUCAAGAAGACCGACCUAUCAGUAGCUGCUCGGACACAUCGUCUACGCCGGCUACGUGCCCUCUCACGUUGCCGCGAGUGUGAUGCCUAUAUCUACUUUCAGGGGGCAGAGUGUGAGGAGUGCUUCCUCGUGUGCCACCGGAAGUGUCUGCAGACGCUGUUGAUCCGGUGUGGGCGGCAAAGACUCGGCGUGCGAGCCGCCGUGUUUGGGGAGGAGCUGCUGGCUGUGACGCGCUCUGAGCCCCACGGAAUACCCAUUGUCGUGCGCACGUGCGUCGCCGAGAUGGAGAGGAGAGCCCUUUGUGUCAAGGGCCUGUACCGCGUGAACGGGCUCAAGACGCAGGUGGACCGGCUUUGUGCUGCGUUUGAGAAUGGCCGCGAGCUUGUGGAGCUCUCUGAGCAGCCGGUGCACGUAAUCAGUAACGUCCUGAAGCACUUCCUGCGUCGGAUGCCGGAGCCCAUUGUGCCAUUUCAAUUGUACGGAGCGUUUCUGGAUUUGGCCAGGGAGAGUUUGCUACUGGGUGAUGAGGCCUUCCCCCCGAGUGGCCUUGAGACUCCGGAACUCUGCCACACGGCCCCUUCAUUCCAGCACACCGAGCUGGGCCGGAUUCUCUCUCAACUUCAGGAUCUGCUGAAGCAACUCCCCUCGCCUCACUACAACACCCUGUCCUACAUCAUUCAACACCUGCACAGGGUGACAGACAGAGAAGAAGAGAACAAGAUGUCUUUCCGCAAUCUUGGAAUCGUGUUUGGACCAACGUUACUGCGCCCAUGCUCGAUGAAGGGCUCCUCUGAUCUGUGCUCGCUUGUAGAUUAUCCCAUCCAGUCACAUGUGGUGGAAAUGUUAAUAUUUUGGCACAAGAAGCUCUUCAGUGAAACUAGUUCUGUAGUUUCCACCGAUGACUGUGGCCCGUAUGUCAGAGAGGAACCUAGUGCUGCCAAUCCUGUGAAAUUUGACAAAACUUUGAAGAGUGCUGCUGGGAAUAAUGACAUGCCACCUUGUGUGAACGUGGAGCAUGCCAAGUGCUCCGAAGUGUUGGGGUGUAGAGCUGAAUGUGUUGCUGAGUGCAGCUGCCUGCCAAGGCUGUGUGCAGCAGCGGGUCUGGCAUGGGACCUGCGUGAGCGCCCUUGUGCAGAGAAUACUGGCCAUUCUCAAUACUGCUCCUCACAAAGCUCUUCUCAAGAGGAGGGUCAUGACCCAUUCUGCUUUGUGAUGGCAGGAUCAGAUCAGCUGACAUCUAACAGUACCACGGUGCCAGGGGCUGUGACUGCAAGUGUGGAUGCCAAAAAUACUGGGAACACUGUUGCAGUGGAUUUUAAGGAAUUUCCAAGGCUCAUCAGGGGUACAGGCAGUGCUGCCCCACGCAGGAGACCUCCAGUGAGGCCUCACAGUAGGCCCACAAAACUGCGCGAUGUCAUCCCCGGAGCAGCAGGAGUGACCAGCGCAGAUUACGCACCGCGAAUGGAGCACUCUCAUGCAUGGCUUCCGGACUCUCGCGGUCCAGACAGGGAAACCGUGUUCAGAAGCAGCAAGAAUCAACCUGUGACGGCGUCUGUGUCUGAUGAACAAAAAUGCUGUGUGGGAAAGAAUGACUUAAUCGUUCACGAAAAUAAUCACGGGCGACCGCACGAAGAGACACAGCCGACCCGUUCGCACUGCAUGCCACAGGAAAUGUUUUUCCAGCCAUCGAGCCUGACCAACAGUACCGUGUUUUCAACCAACGCUUCUCAGUUAAGUAUUUCUUCCAAAUGUCAUCCACCGCCCACUGCUAUUUCCCCAUGCCUAAAUGACAACUUGAAUAAUAGUAACGCGAGUCGGCUCAAGAAAUUUGACACCAGCGUGUUGCUGUCUCUGCCACUGGGAAAACCUGAGCUGCAAGCUGAUGAGGAUCGGCAACCGGAAUUUGUAUGAGGCUGAUGUGGUUUCAAAUUUGCCGAGUAAUUGCCUUGUACCCACUCGACCACACGUCUGUUGCUCUACAUUAAAAUUUCAAAGUGUUUUUGUUCUGGUGUCAGAAAUGUAUUUAUACCAAGAUAUGUUGGUGGUACGGUCUUGUAUUAGACUUUAUUACAGGAGGCUGAACAUUUUUUUAUCGACCUAGACUGAUAGAACAAUGUCCGAGUUUUGUCAGCAGUGGAGAAGGUGGUAAGCCUAGCACCAAGUGGAUUCUGAUGUUAAUCUUUAGCGACCUAGGCGAGACAACUCAAGCAUGUUACUAAGAUCCUCAACACAUGUUUGCACCUCCGAUUAGCGCAGUUGGCUACGUACCGUGCGGAAGAAGUUAAACAUACAUACAUUGCGUAUACUCAACUGUGCCUGCUUCAGGGAUUGCAUGCAUGCUGUGUAAAAAUAUUAAAAUCAGCAAUGGAAAGUUGAAAUGCAUUUAUACUCGCUGUUAAAGUACCGCAUGUCACUAGCCAUUGCAUACAGCAUGUAUGUACAACUUGAGUGUUAAUAAUCGUUUCAAAUGUACUUUAAAAUGUGUUCGUAUUGUACAUUCAAAAUUCUGUUGGAGUGCAUUCAAACUCACCUUGUCUUUCAAGAUGAAUGCCUUCACAUGAAGUCGUAUGGCUAGCGCCAUGUCGUGCCACUGCAUUGGUAGUGGUACCGAUCUGUUUGGGCUGCGUGUGAUGCAUCACACAAGACGUCUUUCACUCGAGGUCAUCGUUUGCCUUACUGAAUCCACUGCCUGCGAGAAAUGUUUAACAAAUGUUCCUGUUACAACAAUAACAUGCGCUGAAACGUAUGUGCUGCUUCAGCAUACCGUAAUCGCAAGACGUAUAGUUUGUUGGUCGAUGGACUUCCCGUUUGGUUUUAACAAGGUCACCUUGCCUUUAGCAGGUUAGGACAUUGUUUUGGGUUUUUUAAUUCUGCAGAAACGAGAAGCAAAUUAUACGAAAGAGUCUGUUUAUUCUUGAUGAAAGUGUUUAUGCACCGCAAAGAGGAUGCAGGCUAUUUAUUUGAAUAAAUAUAAUCCCAAGUGAUAAUUGGUUCUUUACCCUUCUUGUUGCCAGAUAGAAGGGUAAAGAACCAAUUAUCAUAUUUUUACUGGCAAAUGAGGUCCCCAUAGUGUAGAUAAUCCCAAGUGUUAAUGGCCGAGAUCAACAUGGUACUUCGGUACUGUCAAAACGCCUUGGUUGUCAUGAUUAAUGCCACACCUUUGGUGCCAAUUACCAUGAUCCUGUUUGUAUUUACAUGUUUACAAGCAUACGUUUUAUAGAGCUGUCAGGGUGUUAUGGUCGGCACACUGGGCCAGCAAUCUACACCUCGCCAGUUGGAUUCUAUCUCCCGGCACGGCAGUUGAAACAAUGGGACAGAGUCUCUUAAACCACCCCACUGCCUCUGCCCACCCAGCAGUGGAUGGAUUCACCACCGUUAAGGCGAUCGGCAGGUUCACGUGUGCUGGGGUUAACCGUGGGUUUGCCCACCUCUUCCACCACAUCUGGCGAGCAUGGAAGAGUAGACCAGGGACCCUCUAGAGCUCCCUCGAGUAGAGGCCCUGUGGCCAACAGGCAGGAGUGGACGAUUCCAGGACUGUACCCUUAUCUUUUAUAUUACCAUUAACUCGCGCUCGGCUGUAAUGAGGCGCGGCAUUACUCUGAAUCGGUUGAUUUGUGCCAUUGAGCUGCGCUGCAAGCAGACCGGAGGGGGGGGGGGGGGGCCUUGUGCAGUCGUGUUCAUUCAAUAUGAUUUGUUUUACCUGUUGCUGAUAAAUGUGGGAGCUACAAGUCGCACUUAAUCAGUGUGUGUGGUCACACAAGAGCCGACAGUCAUUCGGGUGUCUCCAUUUAUUGAACAUAUUACAGCAGGUAUUAAAUGUCAUUGUAACAUCUUAUUAUAUAUACAGGAACUUGAUUAUCUAAAUGUUGUGGUAUAUUGACAUUUAUAUGACUGUUAAAAUGGUAAGAUAACGAAUCUAAAUACCACUAAUAUAACUCGUAUCUACAGUUCUCAAUUGAUUUUGUAUUACAAUUUAAUGACAACGUCUGUAGGUUAUGAACAUAUCGGGCAUGGCAAUUUAUGAUUUUUUGUAAUGGAAUUUGCAGAGUACUGUAUUGCUCUUGACUUUAUACAAGGGAAAUUGGAUUGUUAUAUCACAAUUUGUUCAGUGUAUACGUUAUGUCUGGAACAGCAAUGAUACACUUUCUUUAGCAUCAAUAAAAUGUUUUGACUUCUU